AUGACACUAGUUGGAUUUGAAUUUUUAAAUUUAAAAUCUGAUGAUGAUAAGGCCAAUAAAAAUUCAUUUAUUAAAACAAAUAUCUGUGCAUUUAUAGAACUUUUUUUCUGUUUUAAUUUUCAGGAAGACAUUUAUAAAAAAUUACCAUCUUAUAAAUUAUAUAAAAAAAUUGAUGAAAGUAUCACUGACACCACUUAUGAUAACUACUGUGCUAAAGUAAACCCCCUAGAUAUUACGAAUGAUGAGAUUACAAAAUUUUGCCAAAAAUUUGCAAGAAAUUUAAAAGAAUUACCUACUAUUGAGAGUAUAGGAAAAAACGCUCAUGAUGCCUGUUUAAGCGUUACAUACUGGUUUUAUUAUGAAUUAAACAAAAUAUUAGGGAAACAGGGUUAUUCUGCGCAUCGUGAACGUAUUAUUAAUUCAUUUAUUGAUGUAGAAUCUAAAAUUUAUAACGAAUUACUAAAUGCUAAUAAUAAGGAUAAAUGUCCUAUAGAAGUUAAAACUAAUUUCGAAAAGAAAAAGGAAGAGAAAAUUUUAUAUGACUAUUUUAAUAAUUAUAAUACUAUUUUUCACUGUAACAACUCGUCUAAUAAAGAAAAAUGUUCUGAAUACUGUAAAUAUGUGAAUGAAAUUUAUAAAAAAUACAUAGAAAAUCAAAAGAAAUGCUGUGGAAUUAAUUAUUUGAAUUGUGGUGAUUACUUUAAAUGUAAUGGGAAAUAUAAUCCGUUGAUUCUCUUAAACAAGCUAAAUUGUGAUAUUGGGGAAGAAGGGGAAAGACUUACCGAAAAACAAAUUAGAGAAAGUCAAGAAAACUAUGGCAAUUCCGAUUUAAUACGUAGUCUAAGAUAUAAUAUAUUUAAAUGUAAUAUGGUAAAAGAUGAUUAUGGAUCCAGUAUUGGAUUUUGUUCGGUAUUUCCAUCAUCUAAAUAUUCUUUUGAAAAUGUGGAUAAUCUCCAUUUCAGUGAAGAAGAAGAUGAAAAGUCCAGAGGUGUACCAAUUAACAAUGGUGAAGAAGAAGUAACAACCACGCAUUCGGAAUUAGGAAGUAAAAGUACAUUAGCUGCCAAAGAUACAAAAGAAGCACAAUGUCCAGAAGAUAAACCAGUAAAAUUGUCUAGCGGGGCAUGUGUAGAACAUAAUGUGCGUACAACUGGUGUCAUUGGAUUGAAGCUAAUAGACAAGGUUCCAAUUAAUAGAGUUAGAAAUAUGAUUAAAAAUAAUAUGAAGAGUAAUACUACUUCGCUACAAGUUCCUAAUUUAUUAGAUGAUGACAGUGCAGACAUUAAUACUUUAAGUGGAGUAUACAGCAUGUUACAGAAAAGUACUUUCAAGAUGAUCAUCUUGGGUGUUUUAGGUUUAGGGACAAUUAUGAUGUUUUUCAUAUAUUUUAAAGUAAUUAAAAAUAUUAUUUUUAAUAGAAAUAAAUUCUUAUAUUAA